CCCAGCAAUAUUCAUCUCUUCUAGCUUAUUUUCACUCAGAAACCUUUCCUUUGUAGCAUUCGUUCCCAUAGAAGCUACGUAACCAUGAAAUAUUUCCUGGUUCUUUUGGUUGCGCUAACAAGCUGCUUCUUCUAUGGACGUGUUAAUGCCGGAACAGCUGCGUGCGCGAACACCUACUCGAAUUGCUAUGGAAUUUCAUUCAAUUGCCCGCAGGGUUGUCCUAAUCAAUGCGAGGUGGACUGCAACACAUGCAAGCCUUAUUGUCCUUGCGAUAAGCCGGGAGCGGUGUGCCACGACCCGCGCUUCAUCGGUGGAGACGGCAUCAAGUUCUACUUCCACGGAAAGAAAAACAAGGACUUCUGCCUCGUCACCGAUUCCGACAUCCACGUCAACGCGCAUUUCAUUGGAAAGCAAGGCAAGGGGAGGGACUUCACCUGGGUCCAGUCCAUCGGCAUCUUGUUCGGCUCGCAGCAGUUCUACGUCGGUGCGAGAAAGGUCGCGACCUGGCACGGAUCCGACGACAACAUGCACGUGCAAUUCAAUGGAGCAGACAUCAACAUCCCGUCGGGCGACGGCGAGAUGUGGACGUCGCCGGAGGGCGACUUGCAGAUCAAACGUGUUGGGGAGACGAACUCGAUUGUGGCCGAAGUGGUGGGCGUGGUGAAGAUCGGAGUGAGAGUGGUGCCCAUCACCGAAGAAGAAUCGAGAAUUCAUGGGUACGGCAUUACGGAGGACGACUGCUUUGCUCAUCUGGAGCUCAGCUUCAAGUUCAGUUCACUGAGCAACUCGGUGAGCGGGGUUUUGGGGCAGACCUACGUGCCGGGUUAUCGCAGUCCAGUUAAGAUCGGCGUCCCGAUGCCGGUCAUGGGUGGCGCGGAGAAGUACUCGACCUCGCAUCUGUUUGCGACGGACUGCGCCGUCUCAAAGUUCGGGCUCAAGAGGGAGGGUGCUGAGAUUGAGGAUCCGCCGACGGUUGCUUGCGGAGCUCAAGAUGGAAUUCAGGGGAUUGUUUGCAAGAGGUGAAAGAGACAGAGAGAUACAGAGAGGAAGAUGACCGGGAAGAGUGAUUUUGCUUUGCAUUAAUAUUUCAUGUGCGUGUGUGUGUGGUAUUUAGUGAUAAAUAAUCUCUGGUUCCUUUGUUGCUGCUCUCCAGCUUUGUUGCUUGGGGGUUUUCGUUUAUUCUGUAUCUGCUAUCAUUUUGUUUUCCUCAUGUAUUCCUCUAUAAUAUUUCUCUUAAUAUAAUUAAUGAAUAGAUCUAUUGCCUAUUCUUUUCAAAAUAAAA